AUGGUCAAGAAACAACCCCCCAGGAAACCCUCCCAACCCAAGAAAAAUCCUCCACCAACCGCAUCAUCAUCAUCAUCAUCACCACCAGCCCCUCCUCCCCCUCCCAUCGACCCCAAACUCCUCGUCCACCAGCAGCGCAUCCUCACCCUCUUCUCCGACGCCUUCCACCCCGUCCUCUCAUCAGACGACUUUGCAGCCCGGCUGCAGUCCAUCAAGCAGGCUCUCUUCAACAGAGACUUUGACGCCGCGUUUGGGUCGGAGGAGAAUCUCCAGGCGUAUGCCGCGCGAUGGAGUCCCACGAGGACGCUCUGCUACUCGUCCAUCUUUCAGAGCAUCGCUCAGUACAUGAGCGCGGCAUCUGACAAUCAUCUCUCCGCCGAUCAAUCGGAACCAUCCAGUUCAGCACCCAGAAGCACAACACCAACAACGAAAAUGCUAUGCAUUGGAGGCUGCGCCGCCGAACAAGUCGCCUUCGCAUCCCACAUCCACCAACAGUCCUCCUCCGGCACCCUCUCCCUCCUCGACGCAGGCCCCUGGAAGUCCGUCACCCAGCUCCUCCAAAACAGCAUCACCUCACCUCCCGUGCUGUCGAAAUACGCCUCCGCGGCUGCCAAGGCAGCGAAUCUGCCUCUUCUCGAACGGGGUCAGCUCGAAACCACAUUCACGCAAGCCGACGUCCUUUCGCUGGAGAGGAGUGCCCUCCAGGAGAUCGUCGGCAGCAGCAGCACCGGCGAGCCGCUCACCGUGACGAUGCUGUUCACGCUGAACGAGCUCUACACGAAUGGGGGCAUCGGCAAGACAACGAAUUUCUUGAAACUACUGGGCCAAGUCCUGCCUCGUGAGAGUCUUCUCCUUGUCGUGGAUAGCCCGGGCAGCUACUCUGAGGCCGCCGUGGGGAAGGAGAAGAAGCGUUAUCCGAUGCAGUGGCUGCUGGACCACACUCUUCUCGAUCCCAGGGCUGCUGCGGCACAGAGUCGGGGCGAUUACGAGUGGGAAAAGCUCGAGUCCCACGACUCCAUCUGGUUCCGUCUGCCGGAGGGUCUGAGUUAUCCGAUUCAGCUGGAGAAUAUGCGGUACCAGAUGCAUCUGUAUCGAAAGAAGAGCACAUCCUCAACUGGUAGCACGAUGGAGUAG